AUGAGAAGCAUGCUCAUCGCCACCAGCCUCUGGGCGGCGGCGGCAAUCACCUCGCUUGCCUCCGCAUCCUCGUGCUCCGAGUGCAAUUUUGUUCUCAACCGCGACUCUCAAAAGAGAUCCGCCAAGAACUACAUAGACAUGUGGAACGGAGACUUGGGCCUCGAACACGAGACGUUCACGCCCGGCGUCGUCCUGCACCAAGACCGCCUCCCCGGGACCAAUGGCUCCGUGGACCUGGCCGUCCGUUCAUCCGCCGACUUUGUCAAGUUCAUGAGGCUGGCUCGCAGUGGCUGGCACCACUACGGCUUUGUCGUCCAUGCCACGGCUCUGGACCUGUACAGCAUCGUCAUCCGGUGGGCUCUCAACGCGACGGUCGGGCCGCGCGACAAGAUGCUUAUUCCCGUCGCCAAGCCAGAAGGCACGCACAUCACCUACAAUGGGACGGAUUGGCUGCACCUGGACGAGUGCACCGGCAAGAUUAAGCAAGUGGACUCGGCGCAGGAUUAUAUCACCGCCCUGCACGAGCAGGGGGUUGCGACGCUCAAGAUCUAG